GUUCCUCCGUCUCCAUUGAUUCGUAUCUAGUGUUGAUUGUUUACUAUUUAUAUCAAUCUAUUGAGAACAAAUGUCCAACUAUAUCAUUACGGAGAAAAAAGGCAAGAUUUUUUGGAUCCGAUUCAAUCGUCCGGAAAAGUACAAUGCGAUAAAUUCAGAGAUGUAUCAGUCCCUGGUCGCAGCUUUUGAUGAAGCAGAUAAGGUCGAGGAGGUGAUGAUCACCGUGAUUACAGGUACCGGAAAGUACUACAGUGCCGGAUCUGAUUUUUCCUUAUCCGAAAUGGAGAAGAUGAGCCAAAGAAGUGCAGGCACUGAAGCUGGAUACAAAAUGUGGGCCGACAAAAUCAUUCGUCAUACAAAGCUCGUUGUAGCCCUUGUAAACGGCCCUGCACUUGGAAUAGCUGUGACAACGCUCGCACUUUUCGAUGUUGUCUUGUCUUCUGAUCAGGCGACUUACUACUGUCCAUUUACGCAACUGGGCUUGUGUCCAGAGGCUGCUAGCAGCUAUUCUUUUGUGCAAAUCAUGGGAUAUCAGAGGGCCGUGCGUUUAGCACUGUUGUCAGAAAAGAUGUCUGCACAAGAGGCAUAUGAUGUCGGACUCGUUACCAAAGUGAUUCCUCACGAUAGAUUCGAAGAGGAAAGUGGGAAGCUCCUCAGUAACUAUAGCAAGCUUGCCCAUCAGAGCGUAAUCGUAUCAAAACGAUUACUGCGUCCACAAAGCCAAGUCGAUCACUUGCUGACAGUGAACGGGCAAGAGUAUGAGGUCCUUAUGAAACAGUUCGUCUGCGAAGAAACAGUUGAAAGAAUGUUGUCCAAGUUCACGUCAAAAAUCUAAAAAAGUUCUUUGGAGCGUGGUUCUGGCAAGUCAGAUAUAAAUAACAAUUUGUAAUAUUUUCUGUAUCACUAUAGUUAUGACAUAUCUUGACUGAUGAUGAUAAAUCUCAAAAUU